AAGAGCUCGGACUGGAAAACAAACACCUCCCCCUUUUUUAUUUUAUUUCCUGUCAGUUUUUUUUUCUUCUUCUUUUGGACCCCGACCGAGUCCAGAACCGAGGAUGGAUCAGAUCUGAACUGGUUUUACUGGAUUUAUUUCGCUUUUUUUUUCUUUCUUUGGAGGAAAAACCAAAAAGAGAAAAAGAAGAAGGUCCAAAGCCGGGAGGAGCGGUCCUGUGGGGAAGAUGCAGCACCAGCAGCGGAUGGCAGCUCUGGGGACGGACAAGGAGCUGAGCGACCUGCUGGACUUCAGCGCGAUGCCAAACAGCGAUUUGAAAAUGUUCCCAACAUCCAUGAUGUUUUCCCCUCCUGUUAGUGGAAAGAACGGACCCACCUCACUGGGGAGCGGACAUUUCUCCGGUUCAG